UUGUUGUUCGCGGAGGAUGGAUGAUGCGUAACGGCUCGGACUGAGCCAGCUGUGGCCUGCUGCAACAUCUGGCCGGCAGGACCAGCUGACGGCCGCUUGGCAGGCGGAGGGCUCCCGGAUCCGGGCUGCCUGAUCCCUGAUCCGGGCUGCCUGCUCCCUGAUCCCGGAUCCCUGCUCCCCGGAUCCCUUAUCCCGGAUCCCCGCUCCCCGCUCCCCGGAUCCCCGGAUCCCCGCUCCCCGGAUCCCCGCUCCCCGCUCCCCGGUCCGAGUGAGAGCGGGCCAGCCAGCUGUGGGACAGCGGAGACGUGGGGGAGAUGGAGGACGAGGCCGAAGGGGACGGGCCUGUGGGGCUCAGAGCUCACGGCCUCCCACAGAACUCCAGCGGAGCCACCACCACCACCAACCUCCUCGCUUCAGUCAAAGAGCAGGAGCUCCAGUUCGAGCGGCUGACUCGAGAGCUGGAGGAGGAGCGGCAGAUCGUGGCCAGCCAGCUGGAGAGGUGCAUGCUGGGAGCCGAGUCACCUGCAGCCGACAGUAGCAGCUCAUCCGAGAAGUCGUUUGCGUGGAGAUCUGCAGUGGUAGACUCUCGGGAUGGAGCCAUGGAUGCGUCCGGGCGUCCUGGACGCCGCCUGGAGGCCGAGGAUGAGCUGUACCUGCCCGAGGUGGACCGCGCCUCGCUGCACAGUGAAGGCUCCGGAGGUCACUCGGCUCACAUGACCUCGUACUCGGACAGCGGCUACCAGGACAGCAGCGUGAGCUACUACAGCAACCAGAACGUGGUGCGUUCGGCGCCCCGGGCGUCCAUAUCAAGAAGCCCGAGGGCCGAGGGUCAAGCCUCCGGCCAGGCGUCCAGCCGGAUGUUGCGGAGGAUGGCGUCCCUCCCCUCCAGGAGCCAGUCUCCCGGUGGUGGCACCGCCGGCACCGUGUCCCCGUCCCGCGUCUCCCUGCGGACGUCCCAGGGCAGCACGUACGACUCCCCGGUCCUGUCCGAGCCCAAACCGCUGGCCGCCGUCUUCCCCGGCACCAGCAUGCCGCCCUCGUGCCCGUCGCCCACCUCGCCCGGCGACGCCGCCCAGGCCCAGGGAGGCCACGGGGUGAUGGGGGGCGGGGCGCGGCUGGGCUCCACCCUCUCCCUGGUGGAGGGGCGGGGCCUGACGGGGUCGCCGCUGCGCUCCGGGAUGACGGCGGUCCCGCAGCACUACGGCUCCACGCUGCCCCGGCAGAGCCAGCCGCUGGCCUACGGAGCCGACCCAUACGGCCUUUACCAGAGAAGUGCUCUGCCCCGCCCCGACAGCCUCAUAGGGCUGCACAGCUCGUACGGCGGUCACGGGGCCCAGAUCGACCCGGAGCUCAGAGCCGCCUUGUCUCCAGACUGUCACAUGACGCCGGUGUUUGAUGGAGGCUCCUUCCAAAGCCCGCUGUACCACAGCCCCACCCACGACCCCCAGGGCUCCCUCUACAGGACCAACCCAGGUAUGGGGACCCUCCCUCGGACCACAAGCCAUUGCGGCACGCUGCCGUACCAAAGAAGCAGCUACGGGCUGAACUCUGCAGCCGUGUUCGUGGACCCCGUCAGGGGGUCCGGGGAGCCCGUCUACCCUCACAGACACUCCGGUCUGGUGGAGCGGGUCCUGACCCGGACCCCGUCCAUCGAGAGCAUCCACAAAGACCCCAGGGAGUUUGCGUGGCGCGACCCCGAGCUGCCGGAGGUGAUCCACAUGCUGCAGCACCACUUCCCCUCCGUGCAGGCCAACGCCGCCGCCUACCUGCAGCACCUGUGCUACGGAGACAACCGGGUCAAGGUGGAGGUGUGUCACCUGGGAGGCAUCCAGCACCUGGUGGACCUGCUGGACCACAAGGUUCCGGAGGUGCAGAAGAGCGCCUGCGGGGCCCUGAGGAACCUGGUGUACGGCAAGGCCACCGACAACAACAAGGUGGCGCUGAGGAACUGCGGCGGCGUUCCCGCUCUGCUGCGGCUGCUCCGGAAAACCACCGACAACGAGGUCCGCGAGCUGGUCACCGGUGUCCUGUGGAACCUGUCCUCAUGUGACGCGGCCAAGAUGACCAUCAUCCGGGACGCCCUGUCCACGCUGACCAACACGGUCAUCAUCCCCCACUCGGGCUGGAGCGUUACUCACCGGGACGAGCACAAGAUCAAGUUCCAGUCGUCCCUGCUGCUGCGCAACACCACCGGCUGUCUGAGGAACCUGAGCUCAGCCGGGGAGGAGGCGAGGAGCCAGCUGCGCUGCUGUGAGGGCCUGGUGGACUCGCUGCUGCACGUCCUCAAAGCCUGCGUCAACACCUCGGACUACGACAGCAAGAUUGUGGAGAACAGCGUGUGCACCUUGAGGAACCUCUCGUACCGGCUGGAGGUGGAGAUGCCCUCCUCGCGUCUCCUUGGCAACCAGGAGCUGGACGCCCUGCUGGGCUUCUCCUCGCCGGGCAAGGAGCUGGACUACCUGUGCUGGGGCAAACGCAGGCGCGGCAGGAAGAGGGGCGGCUGGCCCGACGGAAAGUGGGACGGCGUGGGGGGGGUCCCGGGCUUCUCCCAGACCCCCCGGGGGGCCGAGCUGCUGUGGCACCCCAUGGUGGUGAAGCCGUACCUGAACCUGCUGGCCGAGAGCUCCAACCCCGCCACGCUGGAGGGCGCCGCCGGCUCGCUGCAGAACCUCUCCGCCGGGAACUGGAAGGUGGGAAUCCUGCGCGGAGACUCUCCCUCAUCCCAGCGACACAGGAAUGGAUUCUCGGCCUACAUCCGAGCGGCGGUGCGGAAGGAGAAAGGUCUGCCCAUCCUGGUGGAGCUGCUGAGGAUGGACAACGACCGCGUCGUCUGCUCUGUCGCCACCGCCCUCCGAAACAUGGCGCUGGACUGCCGCAACAAGGAACUGAUAGGGAAGUACGCCAUGCGGGAUCUGGUGAACCGACUGCCCGGCGGCAGCCCCUCCCUGCUGUCCGACGACACGGUGGCGUCGGUCUGCUGCACGCUGCACGAAGUCACCAGCCGCAACGUGGAGAACGCCAAAGCUCUGGCCGACAGCGGAGGCAUCGAGAAGCUGGUGGACAUCAGCAAAGGCCGAGGGAAGGGGUACUCGAUGAAGGUGGUGAAGGCCGCAGCUCAGGUGCUGAACACGCUGUGGCAGUACAGAGAGCUGAGGACCCUUUACAAACAGGACGGCUGGAACUACACCCACUUCGUCACGCCCGUGUCCACCCUGGAGCGAGACCGCUACCGCUCUCAGCCCACACUGCCCACCAGCCCGCUGCGGAUGUCGCCCGUCAUCCAGUCAGGCGGCAGCGCGACGUCCUCCCCUGCGAUGCUCGGGAUCAGAAGACACAGCUCCAACUAUCAGAGGGCGCAGUCAUCUAUGCAACUUGACUCGUAUUAUGGAGACAGUAUACACAAACGGCAAUACACAGGGUCCGAGAGGAAAACCCCAUACUUCAUUGGGACUUACUCCUCCCAGUCAGGGGACGAUUUGAGAAGAUUACAACCCCCGGAGCCGUUCUACGACGAGCCCGACAGGAAGAACUACAACAGCUACAGAAUGUACCUGUCGUCCCCACAAGGCUACGGCGAGGAGCCUUACGAGGACGAACCGGUCCACCUGACGCCGUCCUCGCCCGACGGCUACGCCACCCAGUCCCUGCGGUUCAAAGCCAACACCAACUACGUAGACUUCUACUCCACCACGAGGAGGCCUUCAAACCGGGCCAACAAGUUCACCGGCUCCCCCGACUCCUGGGUGUAGACGCAAACCACAACCUCACUGUGUACUUCUGUGUACGUGUGUGUGUGGGGUGUGUUUGCUGAGAGAGGCUGUGGAUGCAUCUCCUCUGAAUCUGUGCAGAUCCACCGGCCUCCGUCUGCUAUCAUACAGAACUAUUCUGUUAUUUUUGAAUCUGAAUAUCACUGACAGCAGAUGACAAAAAGGUGUUUUGUUUGUUUAACGGCAGGACCUCCCACAGGAUUCUUCUUGCAUUCAACGAUGGCUUCAUUUGGCAGAUCUGAAGUAAGGACGCUGUUUCUUUGGGCUCAAAUGGAAGUAAUUCAGUUUACAGAUGAUUCUUGAUGAGUUUUUAGCUUUAAACUAAACACGUCCACCCUGUGACCACAGACUCCGCUCAACCCUGGUCAGUCCAAACAUGGUAGCAUCAUAGGUUAGCAUAAGCUAAGCUAAAACUUCUAGACAGUAAAAAAAAAAACAAUGGACGAAGCAUGAGAUUACUGACCCCAUGGAUUUUGAAGAGCAGUUUUGAAGCAUGUUUUCCUUCGUCACGUUGCUCUGGAAGCCGAUGGGAACACGCCCACCGCAUGUCAAUCAAAGUUAGCUUUCCUCCCAGUUCCUUCAGAAGAUCUGACAUAUCUGUAAACGGUUGCGUUUAGCGGGGUUCAUACCAACGGGUUCACACGAACGGGAGGUUGCUUCCAUAAGCGCGCUAGCAUGACGACUAUGGACGAGGAAGUGAUUAAGGAUAGCCAUUGGCUGAGCUGACCGUCAAUCAUAUUAACAAAUAUUCCUGAAAGAACUUCCACAUGAGCCCCAACCAGGAAGUUCCUGUAGCACCGGGUGGUUACUGAGGGAAAGCGGGCGUGUUUCCACCCAUUUGCCCAUUUUUUAAGAAACCUCCAGGACAAACCAGAGUUGCUUGUAGCCAUCGGUUUGUACUAACGCUAAAGUCCCUUUUUAAAAUGUAUAACUUUUAAAGCAACACAAAACAACCUCCAAAAGGUUUCCCUGAUGAUAUUGUAAUAUACUUAUAUGGAUUAUGUUGACGAGUGUUAUGAAGGCAACGCUGGUUAUUGACAAGUGUGAGAACUGUCUCUAUGGCAAGCCAUGAGGGACAUAAAGCAGUGGUUAAUGUUGCAAUAUGGCAAGCCAUGAGGGACAUAAAGCAGUGGUUAAUGUUGCAAUAUGGCAAGCCAUGAGGGACAUAAAGCAGUGGUUAAUGUUGCUAUAUGGCAAGCCAUGAGGGGCAUAAAGCAGUGGUUAAUGUUGCUAUAUGGCAAGCCAUGAGGGACAUAAAGCAGUGGUUAAUGUUGCAGGUGUUGAAACAAGUUGAUGAUUUUACCUUUACUUCCUGUGACUUCACUUGUCUCCGUGUUGUGGUCCGGACGGAGUCACGUGACUCCAAACGCGGCGCCAGCAGGGGAAACGCACACAGUUGGAGUGGUGACACCGGGAGAAAUCCCCCAAUAACCGCCAUGAGCGAGAUUAUUGUCCACGUCUGUUCCAACAGCGGGAUACCUAUGAAAAUACAUAAUUAAAAUGUUGUAAGUUAAGAUACACUCAGCCAAAAGGUGCUUUAAAAUAAGUGUUUCUUCACAUGGUGUGAAUUCUGCAGUAAAUCCCUAAAUAUCUUCCACCAUCCCGAAUGCAAGCUGAGGAUCCUGUACAGAGAACUGACCUGGGUUAGGACACUUUUAAAAGAAAAAAGAAAAGACUCUAAAGGACCCAGGUCUGGAGACGAGUGUCCUCGCUCUUCCGAACCUUUAAAGACUCAGACCUCGAGUUACAACUGUGACUCUCUGCUUCCUGUAAUGUCGGCCAAAAGUGCAGUAUAUCAUAAAGUACGUGAAAUAUGUGGAAAAACUAACACAUGUGAAUCUAUUUGUACAGAUACGAAGGUUCAGCUGUCCUGUAAUAUUGUUGUAUUCAAUAUGUAGAACUUUAUAUGUGAUUGUGUGAAGAUUUUUCUAUUAUUUAUUGAUUGUUUUUAUCAUUUUACUUGUGACUUGACCAAAAUACACCAUCGGUCUGUUCUGUCCACAACUGAUGAUGAUGAUGAUGAUGUGCAAUGUUACAGAGGGGAAAUAUAUGUAUAGGAAUAAAAGAUUAUAUCAUGACGA